GUUGCCGGCAAGAUGCGGGGUCGAUGAUCUCGGCCGAGCUCCGCUUCUCCACGCUCGGGAUGCAAGCUCGGGACGUGGAGGGCGCAGAUGACAACAUUCAGGCAAUGGCUUGAAUUGACCUUCUUCAAGAUGUGAAAUCCUCACGCCGCACUCAGAUUUCAUAACUUCAGCAUGGGAAACCUCAUUCCUGUCAUCGUCGCUUUAGGUGCCAUCGUUCUUGCCUAUACCUUUCUUACUGACCCUCUCCGCAAAAUCCCCGGUCCGUCAUCCGCCCGCUUCUCGCGACUAUGGAUGGUCCAGCGCUCACGCGCAGGCGACAUGCACACAAGAAUGAUUGUUUUGCAUAGGAAGCACGGAAAACUUGUGCGCACUGCACCAAACGAGGUCAGCAUUUCAGACCCAGCGUCCAUCAAGGCCAUUUACGGUGCCGGAUCAAAGUUCAGGAAGAGCGAUUGGUACUCUGUCUGGCAAGGCCACCGUACUUUCGAUCUUUUUGGUGAGAGGGACGAGAAGAUUCAUGGCAAGCAGCGGAGACUUGUUAGCAACAUCUACAGUCUAGACCAGCUGAAGAAGAUGGAAUCGUACGUUGAUAAUACUUUGACGUUAUUUCUGGAGAGGUUGAGUGAGGUUGGGAAGAAAGGCACGAUUGACAUGGGGAAGUGGGCGCAGAUGUUUGCCUUUGAUGUUAUCGGAGAAGUCACAUUCUCGCGACGCUUUGGCUUUCUUGCCGCUGGCAAAGACGACGGCUCCUUCUCUGCUAUCGAUGCUGCCUUACAGUCGGCUUCUUGGAUCGGCCAAAUUCCUUGGCUAUAUUGGUUUCACGACUUCUUCAUGCCAUAUGUGGGCAACCAUUUAGGCGUCAACAACCGCAAUGGCUCGCUGCGCCAAUUUGCUGCCCGGGAAUGCAACGAGCGUAAAGGUCGAGGAAGUGACCACCGCGACAUGCUACGAGCACUUAUGGAUGUCAGAGAACAGAAACCGGAAGAAUUUGACGACAACGGUGUCCUGAGUAUGGCCGCGAGUAACAUCUUUGCUGGAAGUGACACUACGGGUAUCAGUAUUGGUGCGGUACUCUAUAACCUGUGCAAGAACCCUAGGUGUAAAGAGGAGUUACUGAAGGAGAUAACGAACGUGGUACAGAAGGAGGGAUUGGACCCCUCUGAAAAUAUGCCCUUCAAAAUCGGACACGCUAUGCCCUACUUACAGGCAUGUAUAUAUGAAGCUUUGAGGAUGCACCCAGCUGUGGGAAUGUCAUUACCGAGGGUAGUGCCUCCGGAAGGGUUCGAGGUCGAUGGGACUUUCAUCCCGGGAGGCACCAUAAUUGGUGCGAAUCCUUGGGUCAUACACAGACAAAAGCAUAUUUUUGGUCAAGAUUGCGAUAUCUUCCGUCCAGAAAGAUGGUUGGAAGGCGACCGAAGUCAGAUGGAUCGCAACUUUUUUGCUUUUGGAAGUGGCUCACGAACGUGUAUCGGGAGAAAUCUGAGCUGGAUUGAGAUGACGAAGCUCAUACCUUCACUACUCAUGCGCUUCGAUAUUGAACUAGCGCACCCGGACACUGAACCAGAGCAGAGCUGCUGGUGGUUCGUGAAGCAAGAAGGAUUGGACAUGAGCCUCAUUCCACGCAUCAAAAAGAUCGACACUUCGGUCGUGGAGUAAGCAAAAUCGAGUGAAGUUUGGAGGACAGAAACACAUUCGAAUGCGAUGUGUGCACGCGUUGAUGCCAAAAGUAUCAGUCUUGAAUAAUCUCAUCACGCCGAAACAGUGUUAGACGUAUCAAUACCACCUUUAGCGUCAACCUUAACAUUCUGUUGCCUCUCUUCCAGUACCU